AUGGGUAAAUAUCAGGUUCUUGUUCUUUUUGGUCCAAGUGGAGCAGGUAAAUCAACAAUAAUGCACCAUCUUAUGGAAAAAUUUCCUGGGAAAUUUUCAUUUAGUAUUUCACACACAACAAGAAAACCAAGAGGUAAAGAACAAAAUGGUGUUGAUUAUUACUUUAUUGAAGAAGAAGAAAUGAAGAAAAUGAUUGAAGAAGAUAAAUUUAUUGAACACGCCCAUGUUCAUACAGCCUUCUAUGGUACUUCAAAAAUGGAAAUUGAACGCAUUGCUAAUAAUAAUCAAAUUGCAAUUCUUGAUAUUGAUCUUCAAGGAAGUAGACAAAUUAGAGGUAAAGUGGCAGCAUUCUUUUUGUUUAUUGCACCUCCUUCAAUGGAAAUUUUAGAACAACGUUUACGUUCAAGAGGUACAGAAACAGAAGAACAAGUCCAAGUUCGUUUAAAGAAUGCACUUAUUGAAAUGGAAGGAGAAAAAGAAGCAGAUGCAGUAGUUGUGAAUAAUGUAUUCACAGAAGGAUAUGGUAAGAUAGAUGAAAUUAUAGAAAAGAAUUUGUUUUAA